AGAGGAGCCAGGAGUCCCAGCCCGCCUACACGAGCGUCCUCUCACGCGCGCUACGUCGAGUCGAGCUCACACCGGGACGACUACCUGCGUGCCCCGCGUGAUCUGCCGCCGGAGCGCUCCUACAGCUACAAAAUCCUGUGCGUUAGUUCCAUCCACCCGAAAGCCAGCGAUGAAAUCAUCAAGGACACCUUGUACAGGGAGUACAAGAAGUUUGGAGAUUUCUCCAUCCGUAUCACGCACGAGUUGGAUGAGCGCGUUGCCUACGUGUGCUUCAGGAACUCGGAGGAUGCACGUGACGCUAAGCACGCCAAGUCGCGCAUCAUAAUGUACGACAAGGUCGCUCUGGUAGAGCCAGUCUACGAGAGAGCCGACACCUAUCGUCGGCCGCGUUCGGUAACGCCUCCGGACUACGAGAGAUACUACGCCCGUUCGCCAGGACCCACGGAUAGACACAGGCCUCUCGAGAGAUACGAGCGGGUCUAUGGGCCGGCGGUAGGCUUGCCGCCGCAUCGUGAGAUGCGUCGCGAGACAAUUCCGCCUCCUCAUCACGACUUCGUCAGGCCUCCCAUACACCACGGACCGCCGGGCCACGUGCACCCGGGCCCGCCCCAUCACUACGGUCCGCCGCGUCAUAUGAUGAUACGCCAUCCGGUACACGGGUUCGAGCGUGUCGAGAAUAAGAAGGACAAGUUCCCCAAUUACCUGCAUCACGUGUCGCCCGAGGACGACCCGUUGGCGACCAGGACUCUGUUCGCCGGCAACCUCGAGAUCAACAUCACGGAAGAGGAGCUGCGCCGCAUCUUCAGCAAAUACGGUAUCGUGGAUGACAUUGAUAUCAAGCGACCGCCGCCUGGCACCGGCAACGCGUACGCCUUCGUGCGCUUCCAGACCUUGGACAUGGCGCAUCGGUGCAAAGUGGAGCUCUCGGGCCAGUACAUCGGCAAGUUCCAAUGUAAGAUUGGCUACGGGAAGGCUACGCCGACUACUCGGAUCUGGGUAGGUGGCCUCGGCCCGUGGACCUCUGUGCCGCAACUGGAGCGCGAGUUCGACCGAUUCGGCGCCAUCAAGAAGAUCGACUACAUCAAGGGCGACAGCAACGCUUACAUUCUCUACGACUCGAUCGAUGCCGCACAGGCGGCCGUCAAGGAGAUGCGCGGCUUCCCGCUGGGCGGCCCGGAGCGCCGGCUCCGAGUCGACUUCGCCGACGUGACCCCGGGCUUCGGCUUCAAGCCCAGACCGUAUCCGGAAGAGAGCAGCGACUUCAGGCCGCGUCCGGUCGACUACGAAUCACCGUACGACCCUUACGGGCCCGAAGGUGACUUCGGUUACGGACCUAGAGGCUUCCGUGGCGGCAGGGGCACUGCGCCAUGGCACGACAGGCGAGGUAGCAGCACUCGAGGUGGUUACCGGGGCAGCUAUCCCGAGGGCUACAUGCGCGACGAGGCCGACUGGUCCAGCAGGAGACCACCGCCCGAGAUGGAGUACGAGGCGCCUCGCGGAAUACGUAGGUCUCUGUCGCGCGAGCCCGGUGUAGACAGAUCGAGAUCGCGUUCCCCUCGCCGGAAUCGGCAGAUGGACUCGGACUCCGACUCGGAGAAUGCGCGCACCGGUAUGCUCUCGACGUCGCGCACCUUGUCGGACGUGGCGCGAAAGUCGAUCGGCCUGUGGCAAGGUGCUUUAAUAUUGAAGAACUCACUGUUCCCGGCCAAGUUUCACCUGACCGACGGCGAGACCGAGAUCAUCGAUACCCUGAUGAAGGAUGAGGAGGGCAAACACAUGCUACGGAUAACGCAACGGCUGCGGCUGGAUCAGCCUAAACUUGACGACGUGUCCAAGCGUAUUCAGACGUCCAGCUCGCACGCAAUCUUCCUCGGCUUGGCCGGAUCGAGUACGGCGAUCACGAAUGACGAUGCCAACGUGCAGACGCGUCCACUGCGCAAUCUGGUCUCUUACCUCAAGCAGAAGGAAGCAGCGGGCGUGAUAUCGCUGUUGAACAAGGACACAGAAGGUACUGGCGUGCUCUACGCGUUCCCGCCAUGUGCAUUUUCGACGGAACUUCUGAAACGCACAUGUCCUAGUUUAAGCGAAGAGGGUCUUAAGGAGGAUCAUCUGGUAAUCGUAGUGGUU